AUGGAGAAGGAGAAAGAGAUGGAGAAAGAGAUGGAGAAGGAGACGGAGACGGAAACGGAGACGGAGAAGGAGACGGAGAUGGAGACUGAGAAUGAGAAAGAGACGGAGAAAGAGAUGGAGAAGGAGACGGAGACGGAGAAAGAGAAGGAGAUGGAAACGGAGAAGGAGACGGAGAAAGAGAUGGAGAAAGAGACGGAGAAGGAGAUGGAAACGGAAACGGAGAAGGAGAAAGAGAUGGAGAAGGAGACGGAGACGGAAACGGAGACGGAGAAGGAGAUGGAGAUGGAGACUGAGAAUGAGAAAGAGACGGAGAAGGAGACGGAGACGGAGAAAGAGAAGGAGACGGAAACGGAGAAGGAGACGGAGAAAGAGAUGGAGAAAGAGACGGAGAAGGAGAUGGAAACGGAGAAGGAGACGGAGACGGAAACGGAGACGGAGAAGAAGACGGAGAUGGAGACUGAAAAUGAGAAAGAGACGGAGAAAGAGACGGAGAAGGAGACAGAGACGGAGAAGGAGACGGAGAAAGAGAUGGAGAAAGAGAUGGAGAAGGAGACAGAGAAGGAGACGGAGACAGAGAUCUUGACAGGGAUGUUGAUGGGGACAGGGAUGGGGACGGAGACAGAGAUGGAGAAAUGAAUGGCAGAAAACUUGGAAAGUAUUCCAAAGGGCCUUCAAAUCCUCAAAUGUGACUUGAAUGCUUUGGUCUCUCUAACCCACACAACUUGUGGCUGUCUUUCUCAACAACGCAUUACAUUUGCAAUGUGUUUGUUAGACUCUCAUUGCAAAAUCGGUGGCUAUAAAAAUGCACAGAGCUGGUGUGGAUGAAGGUAGUCUUAGACCAAAUCAACCAAAGUCCUGGGUGGCUGCAAAUACAUUCAGAGAACCCAGAGUGUUCUGAAGAAAGUGAAGGAAGAAAGGGUCAAAGGGUCAGGCAAG